UACAAGUCCCCAUACGAAAUGGUGCACGGUAAACCACCAGACAUAAGUGACCUUCACAUUUGGGGAAGUAUAUGCUUCGCGCAUGUACCUAAAGUGCGCAGCAAAGAUAAGAAACUAUCGGCACGAGGGAUAAAGUGCAGAUUCUUGGGAAUGUCGGACGAGUAUUACAAGAGUUAUCGGCUUUUGGAUGUGUAUAAUAAUCGGUUCAUAUACUCAAGG